CCCCAAGACAACGAAAAUGGUAAGGUACACGAAACUCAUCCAUGAAAGUAUACAUAAAAUUACAAUGGACGGUUCAGAAUCGAAGCAUUGUGAAGAUGAGCCAUCCAUUCUCUUUUUAUGUACAUCUUUAUGGAUGAGUUUCAUGUACGCUUUCAAACCUCCCAAUAUAAGAUAACGCCACACAACCCUUUCCAUUUUUAACAACUCUCCUCCUCUUAAAGGAACUCCUAAAAAGCCUACAUCUCUCUCCAUUUCCCUCCCAAUGGAAGAGAUGGCCCAAGCCCCCAUUCCAAGCACAGCAAUUACAGUUUCUUCCACACCCACGACGAAGCGCCAUAAAACAACAGACCGAUGUGAGCCUGACCACCAGCCGUUGUUACCGGGCCUUCCCGACCACAUAGCCCAACUCAUCCUGUCUCUAGUCCACCGCCCCGCCACUCUCUACUCCGUCUGCCGCUCGUGGCGCCGCCUCCUCUACUCCCCUUCUUUCCUUCCCUUCCUCUCUCUCUACGCUCUCGUGUUGCCCGACCAAUCCCAAUCCCACCGCCCGCUUGAAAUAUACACCCUCGAUCCCGUCUCAUCGUCGGAUAAUUGGCAAGCCCUGCCCCCACCUCCCCACCCGCCUCUCCGCCCGGUGCUUCGCCACCCUUCCUUCUUGUCCCGAAACUUGCCCAUCCAAUCCGUGUCGGUUUCGGGCAACUUGGUCCUCCUCGCCGCCACCGCCGACAACCUCGUUCCGGCACUCCCCCGCCCGCUCGUGUUCGACCCGGUUUCGCGGAGUUGGGGGUUCGGUCCCCCUAUUGAUACGCCGCGCCGGUGGUGCGCCGCCGGCACAUCGCGCAGCACGGUGUUCGUGGCGAGUGGGAUCGGGUCCCACUACGCUCCGGAUGUUGCUCGAUCCGUUGAGAAGUGGGACCUUGGAAGUAACAAUUCCGUCCGCCACAGAAGUAACGGAAGAAAUUGGAAAUGGGAGAAACUGGAACCAAUGAGGGACGCGAAAUUCAGUCGAGAAGCAAUCGACGCUGUCGGCUGGAGAGGCAAGCUCUGUAUGGUGAACGUGAAAGGCGGUUCGGCCAAACAAGGUGUAAUUUACGACGUGGCGGCCGACGACUGGUCCGAGAUGCCAGACGGGAUGAUAUCCGGGUGGCGGGGUCCGGCGGCGGCGAUGGACGAGGAAACGCUGUACGCGGUGGACGAGACCAAGGGGGUGCUGAGGAAGUACGACGCGGGCGCGGAUGGGUGGGAGGAGAUACUAGCGGAGGAGAGGCUGGUUGGGGCGGAGCAGAUGGCGGCAGGCGGCGGCAGGGUGUGCGUCGUCGAAAGCGGCGGCGGGAUUGUGGUGGUGGAUGUGGUUGCGUCGCCGGCAAGAGUGUGUGGAGUUUUGGAUGUGCCGGUUGGGUUUCAGGCGGUGGCGGUUCAUGUCUUGCCGAGGAUGAGCCGGCCGGAUUGAGAUGGAACCGGUUCGAGAUUCGAACUUUUCUCCAGUGUUUUAUUCUAUUCUUUCCGCAUCAAAUGGGACCUCACCUUUAAUGUGAUUUUUCUUUGUUGGAGUAGUAUUUUUUUGUCUUUUGGGGUGUUGACCAGAACGUUGAUUGUAACUCACGGCAUUUUUCGUUUCUUUCGUUAACCAAAAAUUGUCACAUUAUUUUUUGUUAACAUAAUAUUAAAAAAAAUUAUGUUGACAUAUUUUCUAAGUUUUAUUAUUAUGUUUCGUAGUUAGUCUAAGUUUUCUUAUUAUGCGUCUUGUAGCCUAUAUAAAGGCGUGCUGGGUUAUGGUUUGAAUACAAUCAAUAAAACAUCUAUAUUGUUUU